UGCAUAAUUGCAUUUGUUGGUACAUUUUACCACUCGGGCAGUAUGGUUGUAAGUGUCAAAAAAAGGUAAACACAGGACGUGUGUGUUUUGAAAUGGGCCGGUCUUUGCGGCGCCGAAGCACACGAUUUCGCUGGCAAAUGAGAUAACAAUUGCGGGGCUCGGGAAAAUGCUCCGUGUUUUCCGACGAAAUGUGGGACCGCCACUCUGGCCCGGUGGCUGUGGCCGAACCGCAACAAGUGUUAUCCUGCGACAAUACGGAACUGGAAAGGAAAUUGCCUCGGCAUACAAACCAUCACAGGUGGAGAGAAGCUGCGAAUCGGGAACGACACCUCAACUGCCGAGUGCAUUCAACCAGACACGCGACAACGCCCCACCAUUCAAUGUGCUCCUGCCGCCACCGAACGUAACGGGAGAGCUUCACCUGGGUCACGCGCUUACCGGCGCCAUACAGGAUGCGUUGGUGCGGCAGGCCCGCCUGUCCGGCCGACGGACCACCUGGAUCCCGGGCAUGGAUCACGCCGGCAUCGCGACCCAGGUGGUGGUGGAAAAGCGACUGCUGAAGGAGCGAAACCUCACCCGGCACGAUCUCGGAAGGGAACGCUUCCUGCAGGAGGUGAUGCAGUGGAAGGUGGAAAAGGAAGACAGCAUCCGGCGGGCGCUGAAGAAGCUGGGCUGCUCGAUGGACUGGAGCAGGGAGUACUUCACGAUGGAUGCGCACCAGUCGGUCGCGGUGAAGGAAGCGUUCGUGCAGCUGUUCGACCGGGGGCUGAUCUAUCGCGAUCGUUCGCUAAUCAAUUGGUCCUGCACGCUCGAGUCGGCCAUUUCCGACGUGGAGGUGGAGAAUGUAGAAAUUAGCGGCCCGACCGAGAUAGCCGUGCCGGGGUACAGCCGUAACGUCACGUUCGGGCGAAUGGUGGACAUAGCGUACAAGGUGCAGGGAUCGACGGAAGAGAUCGUCGUGUCGACGACCCGGCCGGAAACGUUUCUGGGUGAUGUAGCCGUGGCGGUGCAUCCGGACGACGGGCGUUAUUCGCAUCUGCGCAACAAGGUCACCUUCCUGUGGCAUCCGGUGAGGAAGGAGGAGAUCCCGCUCAUCUUUGACGGCGCGGUCGAUCGAUCGUUCGGGACGGGAGCGGUCAAGAUAACGCCCGCGCACGAUCGGUUCGACUUUGAGCUGGGUCGCCGGCACCAUCUGGCCACGGUCGAGGUGAUCGAUGAGCGGGGAAGGGUGCAGGAACAUUUCGGUCCCUUCACCGGCAUGCCGCGGUACGAAGCGCGUGAAGCUUUGCUGGAGUAUCUGGCGAAACUGUCGCUGCUGCGUGGCAUUAAGCCACACACGAUGCUGUUGCCGCUCUGCUCCCGGUCCAAGGAUGUGGUGGAGCUGUUGCUUCGACCGCAAUGGUUCGUACGGUGCCGGGAAAUGGCACAGCGAGCGAUGGACGCGGUGCGGGAGGGCAAGCUCGAAAUAGUGCCCAACACGUUCGAACGGGAGUGGUUCCGGUGGUUGGACAACUGUCACGAUUGGUGCAUUUCGCGGCAGCUCUGGUGGGGCCACCGUAUCCCUGCGUACUGUGUCCGGUAUGACGGUGCAAAGGAGCGAUGGAUAGCGGCACGAUCGGAGGAGGAGGCACGCGAAAAGUUUGCAGCGCUGGAACCGAACGCUGCGAAGGACGCGGUAUCGAUCGAGCAGGAUCCGGACGUGCUGGAUACGUGGUUUUCCUCCGGCUUGCUGCCAUUUUCGUCGACCGGAUGGCCGGGAAACGUUUCACCCGCCCAUUAUCCGCUGCAGCUGAUGGAAACUGGGCACGAUAUUCUGUUCUUCUGGGUCGCCCGCAUGGUUAUGCUAGGUCAGGAGCUGACGGGGAAGCUGCCGUUCGAAAGGGUUCUACUGCAUGGCAUUAUCUGUGACGAGUUUGGCAGAAAGAUGUCCAAAAGUCUUGGCAAUGUGAUCAAGCCGGAUCAUGUCAUACACGGCAUUUCGUUGGAACGGUUACAGGCGGAGGCGGAAGAUUCGCACCGGCGGGGUGUACUGUCCCAGGCGGAGCUGGGGAAAUCCCUUGCCGGGCAGCGCAAAAUGUUCCCCAGCGGUAUACCGGAGUGUGGUAUCGAUGCGUUACGGUUUACGCUGUGUUCAGCCAACGUGAAGAACCAUUUCAUACAUUUUAACGCACAAGAAGCGCAUACCAAUAAGCUAUUUUUUAACAAAAUUUGGCAAGCUACACGAUACACAUUGGCAUGUGCCGAACGAUUCGAUGCGGGGAAAACUUUAGAUCAAACAGUGGAUCUACGGCAAACCGCCGAUCGAAUGCCGCUGAUGGAUCGAUGGAUACUGAGCCGACUCGGGAACACGGUGCAGCAGUGCCGAGAGGCGUUUGCGAGUUACAACUUUCAUCUGGCAACGGCGGCACUAAAAACGUUUUUUUAUAGCAAUUUUUGUGACGUUUAUUUGGAAACGACAAAAAUCAACAUGAAACCGGAAAGCUCUUCUGUGGCAGCGCUGCACUGUGCCGUGCUAAAACACUGCCUCACUGUUGGUUUACGCCAAAUGGAACCAUUCACGCCGUACCUAGCGCAAGAGCUUUUAACGCAUUUAUGCGCCGCGAGUUCAUCCAUUGCCGUGGAUUUGGACCACGACGCGGCACUCGGUUGGGUGGACCCCACGGUGGAAGAAAGCAUUGAGUGUGUGCUGCAAAUAUGCCAGCACAUUAGGCAAGCGAAAAACGAAUACAAUCCACCGAUCGUGCGCAAACACAAUCCUAUUCUGCACAUAUACGCCAAAGCGCCCAAGCUUGCCGCCGAGUUGCACGUGCUGCGCGACACAAUACAGCAGCUAACGCACUGCAACGGAGUCGUACUGCAUUCGGACGAACGGUUGUUCGGCAACGUGCAGUACGUAGUGAAGGGUGCCCCAACGCAUGACUGUUUAAUUGGAAUUGUGGCCGAGUCGGGCGGAGGCGCAAAUGGUGCCGGUGCCGAGGCAAGCCGAAAGAUGCUGGCGAAAUUGGAUGCAGAGAUUGAGAAGCUGCUGAAGACUAUUGGAAACGAAGGGUAUAAACGGUCGGCCAGCGAAAGUGUACAGAAACGGCAUCAGGAAAAGCUUGAUCGAUUGCAGCAACAGCGGGAAGAGAUGCUAAAAAUGGCUUCCUAAGUGUGUUUGUGUUUGAUUUCUCGCAAGAGAAUCCUAGUCAGAAUGCUGCUACGUUUGUGUGAGAACCCAGACAGUGUUAUUUGUUGAAGAGGCAGAACUAUUUUGCAAUUAAAAAGUUUAUGGAAUACAUUUAAACAUACGCAGCACA